AUGGCGUUGCUGGGGGGCCAACCGCACCGCCAGGCCGAAACCUCGCUAAUUUACUUUGCCUUUUUUUUGUUGCUCACUACAUUUGGAGCCUCUGCAACUUUUGAUAGAGUAGCAGAUGGUUUUAUCUGGAUCAACGGCACUGCAGUCCUGUGGGAGACCAUUGAUGUGCUUUCAUUCUGGGAUGCUAUAUAUGAAGAUAUAAAACGUAUCGUGCCUGGAGGUCAUAUCAAGGUUGGUAUAGCGCCGAACAUCGCCCAGCAUUCUGCAGUUGAUAAGCCCUAUUUUUUAAAAUGCGACGGCCUCGGCCUCAAAGUCUUUAUUACAGAUUACUCUGAAACUAUGCCACUAGAAGAGUUCUGCAAUGCAUUUAUCAGUUCUGACCUUACCUUCCUGAAUAAGCUGGUGUACACUACCUUUGAACAGCACGUCAAGGCAAUUGAUAUCUAUAUGAGUACUGAACUCUACAUAGACAACACCACGAUUGCCAUCAGCCGACCCAUCAAAUUGUGGGAGUUGUACUUGACCAUCUCAAAACCAUUGAUAUCAAAGGAAAACGUGUUUCAGGAACCAGACGAGGUCCUAAAGUAUAUGCCGAUGGACCUCCAGAAUGCCUUACAUGCCGAUCAAUCGCACUAUCAGAUCAUGCCGACGUCGAUGUGGACGAACUCGACCGGCGCCUACGUCAACUACACAGUGUACGCCGUCCCCGCUAACCUAAUACCCAGCAACCUGAGGCUGACUCCAGAGCAGGUGCAUAACCGGCUGCUGGGUAGCCCUCUCCCGCGAUUCGGGACCUGCUUUGUCACUUUUGGCGACACGUGA